AUGUCUUCUGCGCAAAAGCGACAUCUGAAGUACGAUGAGUCGCUGCCGCAACGCUCAUAUUGCCAUCGAAGACGGCUGCUGUGCGAGUACCCACUUCCGUCCAAGCCGUCCAACAAUGCAGACGACGCUGGUACUGACACAACAGCCCACGCAUACGACGGAAACGAGGCUAUCAAGGCCAAAGUCCUCGAGAUCCUUACUCAAGAAGGCGUGCCCUGCCCCAACACACCCUGGCCCAGCCACCGCCGCCCCAACGCCCUCGUCCUGAUCGACCACUUCCUCACUCCCACAUUAACCCCCUGGAUCGGCUCAGCCCUCGCCCAAAUCACGAUGCAAGCCUACGCCCUCCGCUUGGCCAUGGAAGCCCCUUACCUGCUACACACCAUCCUGGCCUUCUUCGCCACCCACCUCAGCUGCCUCUACCCUUCAGAGGAGAAGUGGAGCGUAGCGGCUACCAUGCGCUAUUCCCUCUCCUUGACGCAGUACCUGGGACGUCUCAUCGAGCAGAGUCUGGGGCCGGGAGAUGCGGAUGCGAUUUCUACCGCUGCGGUGCUGCAUACGAUGCUUGCCUCCAUCCACGAAUCCCGGAGGACGAAAGCUUCUCCGUCAGAGUCGAGGUUCUGCUCUGCAUGGCUGCUGUCGUUUCAAGGAACGCAGCUCCUGCUCGAGAGGACCGAACUGCGCGCUGCGUUAGAGCAGGGUAUAUGGGCGGACACAAUCGCUGCUCAAUCCGUCCCAGAACCCAUGCUAACCCUCCAGCACCCCGAACUAUCAGCCAUCAACCGAGCCAACCUCGAAGCACUAAGGACCCUCCAAUCCGUCAUCCCCCUCACCGCCCCCCAGCACCAACACACCUACGCCCAUCCCCUACAACUCCUCCCCACCCUCCUCUCACUAACUAACACCACCACCUGCGACGCAGUCUCCACCUUCAUAACCUUCAUCUCCCACCUCCCACUCGCCUACAACUACCUGCUCGAAGCCGGCGAGCCGGAAGCACUGCUCAUCCUCGGCUUCUGGAGCGCUUUGCUGAGUAGACUAGAUGUGUAG